AUGCUACCGGCUCCGAAUCCGGCUCCGAAUCUGGCUCUGAAUCCGGCUCCGAAUCCGGUUCCGAAUCCGGCUCCGAAUCCGGUUCCGAAUCCGGCUCCGAAUCCGGCUCCGAAUCCGGCUCCGAAUCCGGCUCCGAAUCCGGCUCCGAAUCCGGCUCCGAAUCCGGCUCCGAAUCCGGCUCCAAAUCCGGCUCCGAAUCCGGCUCCAAAUCCGGCUCCGAAUCCGGCUCCGAAUCCGGCUUCGAAUCCGGCUCCGAAUCCAGCUUCGAAUCCGGCUCAGAAUCCGGCUCAGAAUCCGGCUCAGAAUCCGGCUCUGAAUCCGGCUUCGAAUCCGGCUUCGAAUCCGGCUCCGAAUCCGGCUCUGAAUCCAGCUCCGAAUCCGGCUCCGAAUUCUCUGAAUCUGAAUCCAGCUCCGGAUCCGGCUCCGAAUUCGGCUUCGAAUCCAACUCCAAAUCCAACUCCAAAUCCGACUCUGAAUUCUACUCCGAAUCUGGCUCUGAAUCCAGCUCCGAAUCCAGCUCUGAGUCCGGCUCCGAAUCCAGCUUCGAAUCCGGCUCCAACUCUUAAGAAAAUUUGA